CCAACUACUGUCGGUUAAGUCCCAGUGUCCCACCAUCAAAUUUACGGAAACUACCCUUUCAACUCUGUUACCCCUCUUGAAGGGUCGCUCGCUUCUGCCAACCACUCUCUAGGGUCUACCCUUUCUUUCUGGUACCUCCUUUACUUUUCUAUAUCUAAAACCCUAGCGAAGAUCUGAAACUCAGCUUCUCCUUCUCUUGUUGAGGAGAUACUAGUUUCUGUGUUUGUUUCUGAUUCGAAUCGGUUUUCGUUGUGUUGAGAGUAAGGAAAAAAAAGGGGGAAAGAGGAUGAAGAUCCAGUGUAAUGCUUGUGAGGCAGCUGAGGCUAGCGUUCUUUGCUGUGCAGACGAAGCCGCUCUUUGUUGGGCUUGCGAUGAGAAAGUUCAUGCCGCGAAUAAGCUAGCGAGUAAGCAUCAGAGGAUUCCCUUGACGAAUUCUUCUAUGCAGAUGCCCAAAUGCGACAUCUGCCAGGAGACUGUUGGUUUUUUCUUCUGCCUAGAAGAUCGGGCUUUGCUUUGUAGGAAGUGUGAUGUUGCCAUACACACAGCAAACCCCUAUGUGUCCAAACACCAGAGGUUUCUUCUUACAGGGGUGAGAGUGGGGCUGGAGCCUAAAAAUCCAGAUGCGCCUUCUAUGAAGGAGAAGUCAAACUCUGUGGAAGAGACUGUAACAGUACCUCGAACAGUGUCUAGAAGGGGUUCAACUGCAUCAGUGACUGGUGAAACUAAUGGAGUCUUGUCGGGGCAAGCCAGUGGAGGUAAGGGUCCAACAAUGAGUAAAAUGUCUUUUUCUGGAGGCACUACAACUGGAUCUAUCCCAGAGUGGCCAUUAGAUGAGUUUCUUGGAUUAACAGAUUUCAAUCACAAUUUUGGAUUCAUGGAGCAUGGAUCUUCCAAGGCUGAUAGUGGGAGGCUGGGAGAUUCUGAUUGGUCUCCAAUUCUACGAGCUGCUGAUGAAGAUUUGGGUGUUGAUGAAUGUCUGAACCAGGACCCAGGAGUAUCAUUGAUGGUGCCAGAGAUUCCAUCCCCACCAACUGCCUCAGGCCUCUAUUGGCCAAAGACCUUGCACAAUGCACAAUUUGACAGUGGAUUGUUCGUUCCAGAUGUUGGAUGUUUGCCAGUGCGAAAUCACGGGCAGCACCUUCUGGACGCCAGAGUUCCAGAAUGCCGUAGGCAAUACUAACUGUGAAAUCACCAAGCGUCAUCCUUACCAAAGAGAUGAGGCAGAUGAGAGGGAAGAUUUUUGUACAGAUUUUGUAGUAUGUUGUAGUAACUAUUUGGGGUUGUGAGGUUGUAGUUUAUAAACGUUCUGGUUAGGCAUCUGUGCUUUUAGCAAGUGUUUAAAUUUUCUUUCCUGCCUGAAAAAACAGAGGGGCCUGGCUUUAAUGGGCCUUUAACAGCACAAGGGCUAGUUUAUAAAGUUCUUGUUUGAGA